GCGGUUCCACGUCUCAGCUGCCGUGCAGUGACUUUGGGGAUAGCGGCAGGGGCGGACCUGGCACGUUGGGUUCCUGCCAGCAAAGAACCGAAGGUUCUAAACCUCCGCGAAAGGUUAGUGCUGUGUAGUAGCUAAAAAGACGCGGUGUAAUUGAAACCAGUUUUUAAUGCGAUUAGCAUUCUUUGGGAACUUCGCGCACUUUUCAGUAUUUCCGUCCGUAACCAACCUCUUUUACGCGAACUUGGGCCACUGGGUAUGUGCCCGAAUAGACAACUUGGGUCAUUGGCACGGCCGACUAAGCACGCGCCACUGGGUAUGUGCAAGAAUAUGCAACUGUGGUGGCGUGGACACUGAAUAUAUAUGUGCAGCUGGGCAUGUGACACUUGGCAUGUGAAAAUUCGAUCUUGGCCAGUCCUCCAGAAUGGGUAAGUGCCACUGGGCAAGUUGCCCGGAUAGACAAGCAGAAGUCUGCAACAGAAAAUUGAAGAGAUCAGCUACAGGAGAAGCGAAAAAGUUGGCAUCAAAAGCAGCCGAGUGUGGAGAAACAAGUGAAGUGAACAGAAUGGGACCAGAAGGUGCAUUGAGCUAGGAGCAUCGAACUUCAGAGAAGUCAAGAUGUUGAUAACAGAAAAUUGAACAAGUCUGCGACACAACAGGGAAGAAUUGAGCAAUAUGCAUGGACGUGUGAAGGUUAAGACCACUGCUGAGCAAGAAGAGGAGAAAAGAAUAGAGAGGGAGAAAAAGCUGAAAAUCUACAAAUCCGCAACACAGCGAGUGAUUGAAAAACGACAGAAUCAGGAACUCGAUGAUGAACUGCUGCAUAUCAGCAGUCAGAUUCUUCAAAGUAACCCAGACUACACAACCAUGUGGAACAUCCGUAGGGAAGUGUUUAUGGUGCACUUCAGUAAAAGCCUGAAAAAGACAACUGAAGAUGGUGCAGGAGAAUUGCUUCUGACUGAAGCAGCCUUACAAAAAAACCCAAAGUCAUAUGGAGCUUGGAGUCAUCGAGCCUGGGCCAUGGAAAAUUUCCCAGACAUGGAUUGGGGCAAAGAGCUACGCUUGUGUAAUCUUUUCCUUGACCAAGAUGAGCGAAAUUUUCACUGCUGGGAUUAUCGCCGGUUUGUGUGUCGCCAUACUAAGGUUACUGCUGAAAUGGAGCUGGCUUUUACCAUGGACCGAAUCGCAGCCAAUUUUUCUAACUACUCAGCUUGGCACUACAGGAGUUCAUUGUUGCCAAGUGUCCAUCCUGGUCCCAGGGAGGGGACAGUCCAGGAGGAUGUCCUUUUGGAAGAGUACAACUUGGUCCAGAAUGCAACAUUCACAGAUCCUGGCGAUCAGAGUGCCUGGUUUUACCACAGGUGGUUGACAGGAAGAGAAAGGCCCGCUCUGGACUUUCUCUUACUUUAUAUUUCGAGGGAGACUGGUAAGGUUAUUCUCCACUUCACCCGACAGAUCUCGCUCGCAGAUACAAAUAUUUUCAUUACUGUAAAUGGGUCAUCACUUCAGCUCUCAUGGAAAGCUCCACGCCAGUCACUUUGCUCUUCCCUUUGGUGGUGCCAUCUGCGUGAAGGAUCACUACCUGGUGAUUGCACAGUGAAGGCUGUAGUGCAAGCAAAAGAUGGUGAAUUUGCAAUUGCUAGUCUUUUCAUAGCAUCAACGCAAAAGGAAUCAAAGGCCACUGGAAACAUUCCACGCAAUCAUCUGUUCAGUUGUGAACUGAGUGCAGCCCGCGCUUCUGUGUUGGAGAAUGAGCUGAAGACAUGUAGGCAGCUGCAUGACCUCGAGCCUCUCAACAAGUGGCCUCUCCUUACUUGUGUGCUGCUUAUGAGGGCACUGGAUGGAUGCAAGUUUAGAAUGGAUAUUAAAAAUUUCCUGGCUAAGUUGACUGCUGUUGACCCUAUGAGGCGAAAUUAUUACAAUGACCUAAACUCAAAGUUUGCUUCUGAGAGUGUCAUUGAACGGUUGGACGAAAAUGACUUGACUGCCGACUUUUCUGGCCAGUGCCUGACUAGCCUACGCCACACCGAUCACCUGGCCCUUUUGCAUGAAGUAGACUUCAGCAGAAACCAGAUCAAGUCAAUACUGCCACUUGGAUGCCUUUUGAGCAUUCGAAACCUUAUACUAGAUGAUAACUGCAUAGAGACAUGUGAGGGCCUUGGUUCGCUACACACACUGACCCUCCUUUCCCUUCGAAACAACAGGAUUUGCAACAAGGAUUGCCUAAUUGUUCUGGAGACCUGCUUCUUGCUGACUGAGCUGAAUCUGGAGGGAAACCCCAUCUCUAAGUGCAAGGAUUAUGUUAAGAGUUUGCUUCCUCAGGUUAAACUUUUGGAUGGACUUUCUUUGUCAGGCUGAGUUUAGUUCCACAGUGUUUUAGCGGUUGUGCAGCCUGACUACCUAUGGUGCAACUUUUGUAUGCUAUGGUAUACCUCAUGGUGCUUUGUGCUCUCAUUUUAUAUUAUCCUGACAAAAUGUCUUGAGGGUGGCUCAAUGACCUCAAAAGAGGUGCUAUAGUUGUAUGGACAGAAUCUAAACAUACUUUUUCCAUUUUUUACUGAAGUCUUAAUAAACGGUGGUGCUUAUGCAAUGCAAGUUAUAUACAAACAACUUAUGCAGAUUUUUUUUUAGUUAGUUAUAAUCGAAAGCAAAACAAUACAGUUUGAAUUUUUUGACAUAUAUAAAGUUUUGCAUUCGUGUGGUGCAUGGCACCUGUUACUUGAUGGCAUCACAAUGUUUCCAAUUGCAUGUGUGUGAUGUCCUCACGAGUUGACGCAGUUGCGCAUUACACAUGAUCUUGCAUGCCUUGUGGUCUACUGUAUCACAAGUAAUGUGUGGGGAACGGUGAAGUUGCACAAGGUAUUUUCAGAUGUGUCAUAUUAGUGGAUUACUUUGAGGAAAAACCUGCCACAGUGGCCCAGUGGCUAUGGCAUUUUGCUGCUGUGCAUGAGAUUCUGUGUUUGGUUCCCAGCCUAAGUGGUCCCAUUUUCAUGGCAGUGAAGUGCAAAAGCACUUGUGUACUGACAUUUAGGCAUAUAUUAAGAAAUCCAGAGUGGUCAAAAUUAAUCCGGAGUCCCCCUGUGCAGUGUUCCUCAUAACCCACUGUGCAGCCGCAGGGAGUAAACAUGCUUUACAUGCGUUGGCCAAGCAAGACAAAGGGGUCAAGGAAGAUGGAGACUUGAAUCAAUGACCAGUAACCCUACAAAGGCAACCUCAGCCCAUAGCCAAGGUUUCGACAGUGGAACAAAGACAAGUUCCCUUGUCAAAAUGAUAGCUCCAGGCCCUUGUUCGCCCACUGUUCUUCAAUCUGCACAUAAAUGUGAAGGGUGUAAUAAAGAACGAGAAAUUUUUAUUCUUCACCAAAGAAA